AUGAGAUGGUGGCAGGCCGCGUUUACCGUUGCCAGGGAACUCAAGUUGAACAUUGACCGUUGUCCACUACCGACCUUAACUUCUCAUUAUUCCCAUCAUAAUGCCAACGCCAAUCCCCAACCAGAAACCACGAUGGAUCCAUGGUUCGACUUCAACUGGUUCAGUUUCGAAUAUGACGUGACAAAUGUUAUGACCACGAAUCCCGACUUGUCGAUGCAAGCCGAUUUAACUGAAUGCGGGGACCCUCUCGCAGAAGAACAGUGCGAGGAACGAAGAAGAACCUGGUGGCUGCUCUACAUCCAGGACAGAUAUCUUGCACUCUGUUAUAAUCGCGCCAUCUCUACUCUGGAUGCGGAGUGUGCCGGGUUACUCCUUCCGACGGACGAGCUCACGCGGCAGCCCGGUACCUUCAUGGCAGAGGCGUCGACAGGGAGACCUAUGAGGCCGCGAUUCCCUAGCUUCGAGGGUGUGGGACUCAAUAUCUUUGGAUUUUGCCUCCCUCUCAUGACUAUCCUAGGUGAAAUCCUAGAUCACGGUCGAAAUCUGAGUCAUCCUCUUCUCGGACCCCAUUAUCGAGGAAAUGGAGUUUCUUCUGCAGUGGGAAACGACAUUAUCCAUCACAUCACAAUGUACCAGAAUAGUCUCACUCGGUUCGAGACACUUCACCAAGAGACCUCGCUCCCAACAGAGGGUUAUCACGACCAAAACAGCCUCCAGAAGAGAAUCGUGGUCGCGUACGCCACUUGUAUCUCCCACAUUCUCCAUGCUCCCUUGUCCGCGACAACCCAUGCCGUCAAAGCAGCCGACGUGGGCAGCCUGGUCCUAUUGAUGGUCUUGGACGGGUUCCACAUUAAUGUCGAGCCAAGUGUGAUUGCCGCGUGCAAGGCCAUAGUUCGCGCCACGAAAGCGUGCAUGGCGGCUUUGGACAUUGAAUAUCAACGUCAAUAUCGACGGAUUCUGAGUUCGGCCAUUGCCCAAGCUCGUGGACGAUCGAUUCAUGAGAGAAAGGCGCGACACCGCCGGACGAGAGUAUUGGCCAUGUAUCGACGGACCUGCAAUGGAACCAGGCUGGCUCUUUAA